AUGUUUACCUCCACUAGAACUACUUCCAGGCUCUGGCAAGUCCUCCGGCACCAACGGCCAACCCGUCUCUUUUCCACAGAAACCAGCUUCGCGGGGGACCAUGUUCGAAUCGUUGAAGUCGGCCCCCGAGAUGGGCUACAGAAUGAAAAGAAAUCAAUUCCUCUAAGCACAAAGAUAGAACUCAUUGAAAGACUAGCGAAGACGGGACUGACUACUAUCGAGGCUGGGUCGUUUGUUCCGGAAAAGUGGGUGCCACAGAUGGCCAGCACAGCGGAAAUCCUAUCAUACCUCCUCAAAACUCCUCCCAAGGCCACUCACUCAAUCGCAUAUAACUACCUAGUCCCCAAUGUCAAGGGACUCCAAAACCUAGUUAAAAUAAUGGAGGCUGACAGUCCUCCCGCGUCCGAAGCUUCAAGUCCCCAUUCUCCUCCAAAGGCCACCACCGAAAUAUCGCUCUUUGCCGCUGCAACCGAAGCCUUUUCAAAAGCCAACACAAAUUGUACCAUUCAGGAGUCCCUCGAGCGCAUCCAACCCAUAGUGGCACUUGCCAAAGAGAAAAACAUCCGUGUCCGUGGAUACGUAUCUGUUGCCCUUGGGUGCCCAUAUGAAGGUCCGGAGGUCUGUCCACACAAGGUUGCGGAAAUAACAGCUACCUUGCUUGAGAUGGGUGCGGACGAAGUUUCAGUCGCCGAUACGACGGGAAUGGGAACUGCGCCUCGAACGCUGAAACUGCUACAAACUCUUACCGCUGCAGGGAUCGCCAACAAUGACCUGGCUCUUCACUUCCAUGACACAUACGGGCAAGCGCUCGUCAACACGAUCGUUGGGUUGGAACAUGGUAUCCGAAUCUUUGACAGUAGCGUCGGAGGACUUGGUGGCUGUCCUUACUCUAAAGGCGCUACUGGAAAUGUUUCCACGGAAGAUCUUAUUCACACCGUUCACAGCCUGGGGAUGCGGACAGGUGUCAAUCUGGAGGAAGUUUCGAGGAUCGGGGCCUGGAUUAGCAAAGAAUUAGGCAGGGCGAACGAUAGCAGAGCAGGCAAGGCUACUGUUGCUCGACUUCAGGGCUGA